AACAUGGCGGGGCACUGGGUCGAGGGCUGUGAGGAGGAGGAGGAGGGAGGCUGUGGUGAGGUGGAGACUUGACAACACUACCAUCGCCAUCAGGCCAGGCUAAGCCAGCUGUUCUACGAUGGCCAUCAGAACUUCGCACAGGAGCUGGCCGUCAUUGUGGACCAAGAAGCCACGGCCGUCUCCCCUUCAGACCGGCUCAUGAACAUAAUCACCAUUGGACUGCAGCACGAACAUGAUCUUGGACGUGGACCGAAUGCUUGCCAAAAGUGACCCUGAUGCAGUGGAGCUCCAUCCAGAUGCUGUGGUUGGUCACCCAGUCAUCCGCACGCUGUAUGACCACCUGGAUGAGAUCACUUGCCUAGAGUUCCACCCGAGGGAGCAAAUCCUGAUAUCUGGCAGCCGGGACACCAAUAUCAAAAUGUUUGACUUUAGUAAGACAUCCGCCAAGAAGGCCUUCAAGACUCUUAACGGACGCAGAACAGGUGACCAGUAUGUCCAUCCACCCCAGUGGAGACUUCUUGGCUGUUACCACCGAGGGGCCAGUGGUGAGGUUUUACGACAUCAACACGUGCCAGUGCUACGUGUGUCCCUACCCCCGGGAGCACCAUGCUGGGCCCCUCACCAGCGUGCACUACUCUGCCGAUGCCCGUGUGUGUGUCAGCGCCUCCAAGGACGGGGACAUCAAAAUCUGGGAUAGGGUGUCGGGCCGCUGUGUGCAAACCUUCACCAAGUGCCACGACGGGGCUGAGGUCUGCUCCGUGCUCUACUCUCGGAAUGGCAAGUACAUCCUGUCGUCGGGUCUGGACAGCAUUGUCAAGUUGUGGGAGCUGUCAUCGGGCCGUUGCCUCAUUGGCUACACUGGUGCCGGCUCAGUGGGUCACAAUGGCCCUGUGCAACACAUGGUCCACUCACCCUGCUCGCCGGCCUUCAUCACCUGCUCAGAUGACUACCGGGCAAGGUUCUGGUACCGCAGGAAUGUCCACUGAAACCCUUCAACAAGACUUUGCUGAGGGUCAAGGGAAGGGCCUUUUAUCCAAUUUUUGUUUUAUAACAAUACAGUUGGGUGUUUCAGUUUGUACACACCUUGUAAUUAGUACUCAUGUCAAGAAUAAAAGUACCUUGGAAAAGUAAGCAAAAUUAAAAAUAGGAAUGAUUGUAGAAGUGAAGAAUGAUUAUCAAUCUGUAUUUUGAUAGCAUUAGAUACUCAAUCUUUCUUAUGCUUGUCUAGUGAAAAAUAAAAAGAAGACGAAGAGAGAGAAUGUUAUGAGCUAUGAUUAAGUAUCUGGAGGUGUGAGAAC